AUGCCUGCACGGUGUUGUUGUAUUAUCCCUUUAAGAGGGGGUGUGGUUAUCAGUGGCGUUAUCAUGCUUGUCAUCUCACUUGCACUCUUAGCCGCUACAUUUACACAUAGAAAUCCUAUGAUCAUUCAUCUUUCAAUAACUCAUGUCGUACUUCCUUGGAUAUACAUUGGUUUCAUGGCUGCCACUGCCGUCGUUUCGCUAUUUGUCAUUCUCUCUGGCUUGGUGGCCAAGUUGAAUUUGAUGAGAUUGACGAAAUUUUUAUUAUGGUUCCUUGUAUUUUUGUUGACUAUCUGGGAAGCCAUUUGCUUCAUCUUAUCUCUCACCAAUCGAUCCAAAUCACUCAGUGCAUGUGAAGAAGCCAAUCCUUCCUCAUCCAACAACACAACAACCGCCAACAAUGCCACUGUCACCAUUGGCGGAUAUUCAACCACGUUUUUGGGUAUGCAACCUGGUCAUACCUAUGGAUUAGCUAAUUGUGGACAAGCCAUCCAAGCAGACGUGAUUGGCAGCGCUAUUAUAUUAUUCGUGGGUCAGUUAUUGAUGUUCUAUGCAGCGACCGUCGUGGGUUCCUUCACAGCUAAAUUGAGAGAGCGUAAAUUGGGACAUCGCUUACGUGAUUUAGAAUGGGACGACAAUCUGGAUGAAUUAGCGUCCACGUAUCGAACAGACGCUUCCAAUGCACCACGAUAUCCAUUGAAUGAUCUUGGUAAAAAGAAAAAGGGAUUUUUAAAGAACCUCAAAUUCGGCAAGUAG